AUGGAGGAGAUUGCGUCAAGUUCAGGCACGGCCAAUUCUGAUCUGGAAGCAAUGAUGGCAGAGCUGGGGUUGAAAGAGGAUGAACUCCAGGAUGUGGUGGUGGACGAAGGCGAUCUGCCGGAGGAGGCAACUCGUUGGAUGGCGAUUGCUAGGGUUCACACCGAAAAACCCUAUAGCCAGUAUUGGUUCUAUAGGAAUAUGAGAGUGGCCUGGGACUUGGCACAGGAGAAGAAGAUCAGACCGCUCGAGGAGAAUCUCUACUCGAUGCAAUUUUCAUGUCACGGUGAUUGGGAAAGAGUGAUGGAGGAAGGACCAUGGUCCUUUAAGGGGAAGGCAGUGGUAAUGGCUCCGUAUGAUGGGUUCACGAAGCCUACCCUUAUUGAGUUAAACAAAAUUGAAAUAUGGAUACAAAUUCAUGAUCUUCCAGAUGGUUUCUUCCCCAAAGUCAAGGCCUUAUCAGCAACGGUGGAAGAAUUCAUAUUUGCCGAACCUAAGUCACAAGACUUUGAAGGGAAUUUUGUUCGUGUUCGUGUAAGGAUUGAUGUAACCAAGCCUCUCAAGAAUGAUGUUUCACUUGUGAUCAGGAAGAAAGACACAAUGGAACGGGUAAUCUUUAGGGUGAAAUAUGAGAGGUUACCUGAUUGGUGUGCUGUAUGUGGUAAUUUGGGACAUCUGUUCAAGGAGUGCGGAGAUGGGAUCCAUCCUCCCAAGGCACUGGUAUUCAAGGAUCUCAAGGCAAGCUGGUUCAGAGGACCGGGAAGAGGGCCUGGAGAAGGAAGUGGAUCUAGGGGAGGCCGUGGCAGGGGCCGUAACGGAAGGGGAGGAGGCCGUGUAAGCACGCAGUUCAACCCCUACAGCAGCCAGGAACAUGAAGAUACAGAAUUUUCAGGGAAGGAUGUCCCCAUGCAGGAUGCAGAACAGAACAGGAAGAGAGGGGCAGUAGUGGCAGUAGAUCCGAGGAAAGUCCAGAAGGAUCCAACCAAAGCGGGUGCUGCAACGCCUUUGAUGCUUCUCCCUUCGGAGUCACCUUCUAGUCCUCCGCCUAAACAGGAACAGAAGAGGAAUAAGCCAAGUCCAACUGCGAGUGAAAGUGGUACGGGGAAGAAUCCAGUCCUCAACAAAAACUCUGAUGCGCGUGUGGCGGGCCUCCCAGGGGGGUCGCGCCUAGCGCAAUGA